AAAAAAUAUACAAGGAUUGUUCAGAGAUUUUGAAGAGAGACCCCAGUAAAAGAGGACAAAAUGGAGUAUACGUUAUUUACCCUGACAUCCGGAGAGAGGUCUACUGUGACAUGACGACAGAAGGAGGAGGAUGGACGGUCAUUCAGAAACGAGAAGAUGGUGACGUGGAUUUUUACAGGACAUGGAUAGAGUAUAAAGAAGGAUUUGGGAAUCCCUCUAAAAACUACUGGAUAGGUAAUGAUGCAAUCCACACCUUAACAAGGGAGAAAGACCAGGAGCUCCGAGUUGAUCUCCAGAGACAUAACGGAGAACAGGCCUAUGCUGUGUAUACCACAUUUUACAUCUUAGAUGAAGACAGUAAAUAUAACCUGACAGUGUCUGGAUAUAACGGAACAGCAGGUAUCUGA